AAAAUUAGUGGAGAGUUGCGAUCGCCAACGAAUGUCAGCUGCGAAACUAAACAUAUUGAUAGAUGAUGGAAAUGAAUAAAUAAACGCUGUUGUUUGUUGACAACACUGCAUGCGUUUGUUAUUCUUUGCCAGCCAGUUGUAGCAGUUUGUUGAGAAAUGGAGAAAACUGAUCAUGAAAACGAAAUUUUACCUGCACAAUCUUUUGGUCAUGGUGCAACUCAGCUAGGAGUCAAUAAAGCAGUAUCCGAAAUACCGUGCAUCAAGUGUAAUAUGAUGUUCGAAUUCCCAACGGGCAAGCAUGACUAUCUCGCACAUCUGUUUAUAGAGCACCGAUUUGUUAUAGCGGAUGUUGAAGAUAUUGCUCUGUUGGAAGAAUAUUUAAAAUAUUGGCAAAAAGAAUUUACAGGCCACGAACUAGAAGAUUACUGCACCACACUUUUGCUAGACCAAUUGCCAGAUGGCACACCUGCAAAAAAUGAGAGAUACUACCUACUUAGUGAUAUACUACCUAAAGAUUAUGAAGUUAGGAACAAGCUGCAGCAGCAAUCUCUGGAACGCGCACUUGCGCAACAUCAGCUGGAGUUAAAUGAUCGCAAUUUCACAAAGGAAUGUCUUUACUGUCGUGAUGUCAUCACUGGCUUGCGUGCUGACUUUCUGCAACAUUUAUUUACGAAACACUUCUUACAAUUGGGAAAACCCCAAAAUCUUGUGUAUAUCGACGAAUUAGUUGAGAAAAUCCAGCACAAUCUGGAAAACCUCGUGUGUCUUUAUUGUGAAAAAAUAUUCAAAGAUAGAACUAUUUUAAAAGAGCACAUGCGUAAAAAGGGACAUAAACGCAUUAAUCCUAACAAUCGUGAUUAUGAUCGUUUUUUUCUUUCCAACUAUCGCACUAAAACUCAAAACGUUAAACAACCAACUGCGAACAAACAAUCUUAUGUGAAAUCAAGACAACAAAAGGUGCUAGAAGCAGGUUCAGCUAGAGAAGUGCAUUCACCUGAACUCGCAACAUCGCCACAAGAAAACUUCGAACGUCGCUUUGCAGUGCGCAAUGAAAGUGAUGAAAGCGAUUCUGAUUGGUCUGACUGGGAUGAAGACAUCGGUAAGAUGCCACCACUUAAUUGCCUUUAUUGCAAGUAUAAAGAAGAAAGUUAUGAAGCUUUGAAAGAACACAUGUUGAGUGCGCACAACGUAAACUUUGAAGAAACUAUGAAAGGUCUCAACUUUUAUCAGAAAAUCAAAGUGGUAAAUUAUGUGCGACGACAGAUUUGUCUACUACGCUGUGUCAGCUGUAAUUUACGUUGUGAUAAUGAGGAGCAUUUAUCGCAACACAUGGAAAGCGAGCAACAUUUUGGCUGCGGCACUAAAAAGCAGUGGGAUAAACCGGAAUAUUUUUUCCCUACCUACGAUGAUGAUAGUCUCUUAUGUGUGCUUGAUGAUACUCCCAACGAUGAAACGGAAGAUAGCGUUGUGCGCAUUAUAUCCGAAGACACAAUCGCACAGAUAAAUAAAGAUGCCGAACGACUUUCGCUUGAAAAUUUUCCAUACGCAUAACAAAAUUGUAUGUUUUUUAUAAAUGUAUAUUUAAUAUUAGUAACUAUCGAUAGUUUCGAGAUUAAAAAUCAACUUAUUAUUGUGUA